AUGGAAAAUGAGAAAUAAAAAAAAAUAAUUAUAGAAGAAUGGAGAUGGAAAAUUAAUAUCCACUCCAUUCACUCCUAUUGUCAUCCCUAAUUUCGCCUGCCUCCUCGUACUCUGUCUCUCUCACUCUGAAGAUGGAAAAGAAGCCUGUUACAUACUGUGUGGUGGACACGUUCACUGACUCGCCGUUCAAAGAAAACCCGACUGCUGUAUGUUUGUUGGAUGAAGAGAGAGAAGAUGAUGAGUGGUUUCAAACUGUUGCUAGUGAGUUCAACCUCCCUAUGACCUGUUUCUUGAAUUCGAUUGCUGACUCUGAGUCGGAGACUCAUGACUCGUCCCACUCAUCCAUAAACCCUCGGUUUCGCCUCCGAUGGUUCAAUCCAGUUGCCCAGGUCACUUCACCAUCGUUGAAAGUUCGAAAAAAAUAUAGAACUGUUUGUUUUCUAAAUGAUCUGUUUGGUUGCUGAGAAAUCGCUGGAAAAAGAAGAAACAAAAAAUGAAAAAUAACCACCAAUUCCCCACCGAAUUGUGCACAUCUUCUAAUUUGGCUACUCAAAUUACUUACAAUGUGUCGACCUUUUUUUUUUUUUUUUUGCGUUAGAUUUCUUUAAAUUUUGACUUGAUUGAUUUUAGAUUAUUACUUGCUUUCUUUUCAACUUAAUCUGAAAAUAUUUAUACAAUUCUUCAUCAAUUUUUUUUUUUUAUUUUUUUAUCAAAUUCAUAUUUGAAGAAAAAAUUGGCUAAAAUUGUGCUUGAAACCAUUUCAUCAAAUUUGUAUGAAAUCAGGGAGGUUCAAUUUUUUUUACCAAGUCAAAAGAUGAACCAAAUCCUUUGUCAAAGUUGAGAGUCAUAUUUUUCUCGCAAAUUUGACGAAAUUUUAAAAGAUUGGAGAUUU